AUGGCCCGCCAGAAGGAAUUCACGCGUCGCGCUGGCCCCACUCUCGCGCAGACGGCGUACUUCGCGGUCAAGGCGAUCCCCUACCUCCUCCCGCUGCACGAAGUGCAGUGCCCCGAAAACACCCCCGCCGCGUUACAGCUCGUCAUGGACGCCUGCACCAACCUGGCGCGGCGAGACAUCAACCAGGCCCACAUCUUGGUUGGUCUAAGUGCUGUGUCUGUCCACGCGCGAGACUUGGUGGCCGCGAUGGGCGCGCAGUGCGCGGCGGUCGCAGGCCUCGCGUUCUACUCCAUGGGCGGCAGGAGCGCGCGCGUCGCGUUCGGCCUCGCCUCGGUCACGUGGGUGGCGGUGCUGGCGAUGGCGCGCGACACGGCGGGUCGCUUGCUCGACGCGUUCCCGGGCACGGCGGCCGUCACGCUGCUCGGCGGGCUGGCGCUGAUGCUGUCGCGGCGCGCGCCCGUGCGCGCGGGCCUCGCCGUGGGCGCGAUCGCGUACGCACACCUGAUGUUUUGGGUUGGGCUGUUGGGAAGGCAGCCGCAGUCGGUGUUUGGUGUCUUCGGACUCGACGUGGUCAACACGGCGGUGUGGGUCACCGCGCCGGCGGCGGUGUACGGCGCGAUCGCGACCUUCAGCAGCCGGGACUCGAGAGACGCUGCGCUUCACUCACUGAUGUUCCUGCCGCUCAUCUCUCUCAUCCGGCCGAUCUGA